AUGGCACCCAAGAGACCUAUUGACGAUGAUGGCACAUCUCCAAAGCCGAAGAAGCAGCGAACCGGCUUCACGGUUGGACCUGCCAACCUGCCGGAUGGUACAUACAAAAGAAAAGUAAUCAAAAUCAAGAAGGAUCUCAUCCAUAAAGCCAAACUCAAGAAAUCCUAUGCAAAACUCAAAGCCCGCGAACCAGCACUCGAAUCAGCACCCGCAUUUGCAGCAGAGGCUGCACCAACACCCGAACCCGCAUCGCAAGAACUACAUCCAGAAAGACAAGCUAUGCUUGAUGCGCCCGAACCUACUCUACCCCCUCCACUUCGACAACCAUUGUCUCGACCGCAGCAAUCCCGCAAUCGCAACAAUAAACCUGCGUAUUUCGAGAAAGAGCAGGCCUUUGCAGAGCAGAAGAAAGCAGAAGCAGAAGCUAGGAGACUAGAGUUUGAGCGCAGAGAAAGGGAGAAGAAAGAGAAGGUUGAAGAGCGGGAGAAAUUUCGAAAAGCUAUGGCGAAAGCACGGACAGGAGGGAAGAAUGGGCAGAGGAAGCUGGGGAAAGAAAGUCAAGUACUGCUCCAGAAAGUACAGAGGAUGGUUAGUAAGUGAGGAAAAUUUCAAGACUAUGAGUCUAUGUCUAUGUUAUGAAGUCUGUGUUGAAAAUUACACAAGACAGGAGCGAAAUAUAUACCCGGUGCAAGUCAAGCCAGGAGCUCUCAGCAAGA